UACAUAAGCAUGAAUAGUUGUUUCUAUUUCAUAGCUAACGUUUUAUUAUAUAUAUUUAAUAUAUCGAUGUUGUGGACGUAUAGUGCCUAUGUUUAGUUAACAACCCUACUUUGACGUUGGUCUUUCAGAAUAAUGCAAACUUUGAAAGGUGUCAGACACCUGAUGACAUCAGCUACCAUGAAACAAGCAGUGUCAGAGUUCAAUAUGCCAGUGCCGUGGGGAGAGAUAAGGGGCAAGGUCUGGGGUCCUGACCAUGGUCGACCAAUACUCUGCCUGCACGGCUGGGCAGACAACUGUGGCACUUUCAACACUCUCAUUCCACUGCUGCCAAAAGAGUGGAAGUGUGUAGCUGUGGAUAUGGCUGGCCAUGGCCUCUCCUCCCAUAGACCUCCCGGAGUCUUCUACAGCUUUCCUGCUUAUGUGGCUGACAUACGGCGAGUCAUUGGAGCUCUCCAGUGGAAGAGAUUCUCUAUUAUCGGACACAGUAUGGGUGGCAAUGUAGCUGGAAUAUUCAGUGCAUUGUAUCCAGAGAUGGUGGAUUCAGUGGUUCUCCUGGACUCCUAUGGAUUCUUACCCACAGACGUGAAGGAAUUGCAUACGGUGAUAAGACAGGGAUUUGAAGGAAUGCUUGAGUUUGAGAAGAAGCAAGAUGAGAAGAAAGAGAAGGUUUACACCUAUGAGAACGCAUUGAUGAGGCUUUUGGCAGCAAACCCCUCUCUCUCGGAGCAGUCAGCCCACAUUCUUCUAGAACGAGGACUCGCUCAGGUUGAAGGAGGGGUGGUGUUCACCCGAGACAUUAGAAUCAAUCUGAAAAACGUUGUGCGUGUCAGUCUGGAGCAGAGUCUGGAGUUGCAGUCCAGGAUACAGGCCAGAGUUCUAGUAGUGCUGGCGGAGGAGGGGUUUGAGAAGAUGUUUUCUGAACCACAACAGAAGACCUUUACCUCAACGCUACUUCAAGGGUAUAAAGACCAAAGCGGCAUGGUGGUUAACGUACCUGGUGAUCAUCAUGUCCACCUGAACACCCCUGAGACUGUGGCUCAACUCAUCACUGACUUCCUCCAGAAAGAAGCUCCUUCACACAGCACUGCAGAGAAUACACAGGCAGCCAAGUUAUAAUCCCCCGCCCCUCCCCCACUGUGUUAGUUAGUGUUUACAACUCUCAGAUACAUGCAGUGUGCCUGUAGCCUUCCGGGUGCCAUCCAUCCAUUCAUAACACGAGCAGUAUUAAAGGUAGAAUCAGCGACAUGGCGUAGAUGCAGAAAGUAAAUAGCAUAGUGGGUACAUUUCCGCAACAAUUUCUGGUGAACCCGUGAGCUGGACUGUGUCAGAGCAAAGUCUUGUAUCUCACUCAUCUCAAUAUCUGCGUUGCUGCCCGUGGCAAUGUCAUUCUGCUGAAUCUACGCAUAAUAUGAGACUGGAUCAGUUUACAAAUCUGUAGACACAGAAUAAAUUGCUACUUGUGCAAAUAGACAACUGUUGCAUAAACAGACUUUAAAGACUUUGAGACCAUAAUAUUUAUUAUAU